AUGAGACUUCUUAACCUUCUAUUUCUAUCCAGCCUCGCUACUGCAGCACCUGGGUCUACUCUGCACGCCAGAGCAGCAGUCAACGACCCGUGCAACAUUGGUUAUUGCACCCAGAAUGGAGGAAGCACAACCGGCGGCGGCAAUGCUGCACAGGUAACUGUAAAGAGUCUCAGUGAGCUGGCGGCAGCAGCCAGCGCUACCGGCCCAUCAGUCAUCCUUGUCCAGGGCAGUAUCUCCGGCGCAGCCAAGGUUCAAGUCGCAUCUGACAAGACUAUUAUCGGAAAGAGUGGCAGCUCUCUGACUGGUAUCGGCUUUACGAUCAACGGAAAGAAGAAUGUCAUUAUUCGAAACAUGAAGAUUGCGAAAGUCGCAGCCACUUAUGGUGAUGCAAUCACGAUCCAAAAGUCAACCAAUGUCUGGGUUGAUCACUGUGACAUCUCUUCUGAGAAAGGCAGCGAUAAGGACUUUUACGAUGGCUUAGUCGAUCUGUCUCAUGCAGCGGAUUUUGUUACUAUCUCACACAGUUAUCUCCAUGACCACCACAAGGGAUCUCUCGUCGGUCACUCUGAUAGUAACGCUGCCGAAGACGUCGGCAAGCUUCGCGUAACAUACGCUAACAACCACUUUAAAAACAUUGGAAGCCGUGGUCCUCUUCUUCGCUUUGGCACAGCUCACAUCUUCAACGGAUAUUACGACACCAUGGACACUGGUCUUAACAGUCGCAUGAAUGCCCAGGCGCUGAUCCAGUCUUCAGUGUUCACAAAUGUCGGAAAGAAAGCUAUCUUCAGCGAGUCCAGCAAGGAGGUGGGCUAUGUCGUUGCAGAGGAUGUUGUUCUCAACGGACAGAGCCAGAACACAGCACCAAAGGGUAACUUGAGUUCGGGUAAGAUUCCGUACCAGUUUAAUCUUCUUGGAUCUGGCAAGGUUGCAUCUACCGUUCCAGGGCAGGCGGGACAGAAGCUUAGCUUUUGA